AUGCUUGUCGUGAAGACCGUUAAAGAUGCGAUUGACUGGAGGAAGGCAACUGUAAAUAGCAAUGCACGGAAGCUUGGAUUUGUUGCUACAAUGGGGUGUCUGCACUUGGGCCAUUUGUCGCUUGUGGAGAGAUCUGUUGCUGAGAAUGACUUCACUGCUGUUUCGAUUUUUGUUAAUCCUGCUCAAUUUGCACCAGACGAAGACCUCGCGAAGUAUCCCAGAACUUUGGAGGCAGAUCUCGAUAUGUUAGAGCAGGCGGGUGUAGAUAUGGUUUUUGUUCCCUCGGCGUUGGAAAUAUACUCCCGUGACGUGCCAUUGGAAGUGUCCAAACAGGAGGGAACGUUUGUCUCGGUUCAUGGAUUGAGUGAGUUGCUGGAAGGACGCACGAGACCAAAUUUCUUUAGGGGCGUGGUUACUGUGGUGAGCAAACUAUUGAAUAUCUUCAGGCCGGAUAGGGCGUAUUGGGGCCAGAAGGAUUUCCAGCAAUAUACCGUCUUGAAUGCAAUGACCAAAGAUUUGUUUAUGGAUGUUGAAAUGGUCUUGAUGCCUAUUGUAAGAAGCGUCUCGGGUUUGGCAUUGAGCAGUAGGAAUAAGUACUUAAGCCCUGAAUCUCUGGAUAUUGCUUCGAAUAUUAAUGCUGGUUUGCGUGCCUGUGCUACUUUGCUUGAAAAUAGUUGGUUGGAUAAUAAAAGUGUUAGCCAUGAAGAUCUGGUGGCCCAAGCGAAAGCUGUUUGGGACCCUUAUGUUGCAUCCGGCGACUUUGAGAUUGAUUAUAUCUCAAUUGCUAAUGCAAACACCUUAAGAGAACUAGUCCCUGCUGUUUCAAAAAAUAAUGACGUUGUGAUUAGCUGUGCUGUGUAUGUGAAAGACCGCAGGUGCAAGGAUACCAUUGUCAGACUUAUUGACAAUAUCUUGAUUAAGACCAAAAAUGAAACAAUGCUGUAA